AUGGGGCCGCUCGUGGCGCGGGCUUGGCGCCGAGGGGGGGCGGCCGCUGCCGCCGCCGCCGCCUCCUUCCCCCGCAGGGCCCUCAGCGGCGCUGCUCGCAGCACCUUGGACGUAGCUGUGAUUGGCGGUGGAAUUGUGGGGCUGGCAUCUGCCCGGGAGCUGAUUCUGAGGCAUCCUUCCCUGGUUUUCGGAGUGUUGGAAAAGGAAGAGGAAUUGGCUUGUCAUCAGAGCGGACACAACAGCGGGGUCAUCCACAGCGGGAUUUAUUACACGCCAGGAUCCUUGAAAGCAAAGCUGUGCGUGGAAGGCGCUGCCCUUUGCUACAAAUACUGUGACGAAAAGGGAAUCCCCUAUAAACAGUGCGGCAAGCUCAUUGUUGCAGCGGAACAUGAAGAAAUUCCAAGGCUCAAGGCGUUAUACGAGAGAGGGCUACAGAACAAGGUCCGAGGGUUGAAACUCAUCACUGGCAAAGAAAUACAAGCAAAGGAGCCCUACUGCCGGGGUUUGAUGGCCCUGGACUCCCCAUACACUGGCAUUGUGAACUAUAGGCAGGUGGCCCUCUCUUAUGCUGAGGACUUCCAAGCAGCUGGGGGGACAGUCUUGACCGACUUUGAGGUGGAAGAUAUGAAGAUGACGAAAGGAAGUCCUGCAGGAAGUAAAGAAGGGAUGAAAUACCCCGUUGUUGUUAGAAGUUCCAAGGGCGAGGAGAUCCAUUGCAGGCACAUCGUUUCCUGCGCAGGGCUGUACUCGGACCGCCUCUCGCAGAUCAGCGGUUGCAGCCCUGAGCCUCGCAUCGUGCCUUUCCGUGGCGACUAUUUGGUGCUCAAGCCGGAGAAGAGCUAUUUGGUUCGUGGAAACAUUUAUCCGGUGCCCGAUCCCCGUUUCCCCUUCCUGGGCAUCCAUUUCACCCCAAGGAUGGACGGCAGCGUCUGGCUGGGGCCUAACGCCGUGCUCGCCUUCAAGCGAGAGGGGUACAGAUUUUAUGACUUCAGCCUGCGGGAUUUUGUGGAUGCCGCUGCUUACAGUGGUUUAUGGAAGCUGGUGUGCCGGAACCUCUCUUACGGGAUGGGGGAAAUGUACAGGGCCUGUUUCCUUAACGCUCAAGUAAAGCAGCUCCAAAAAUUCAUACCCGAAGUUACCAUCGACGAUGUACUCAGGGGUCCGUCUGGCGUUAGAGCUCAGGCCUUAGACAGCAGCGGGAACUUGAUAGACGACUUCGUGUUUGACGGGGGCACGGGAGACAUCGGCGGCCGAAUCCUCCACGUCAGGAACGCUCCCUCCCCAGCGGCCACCUCCUCCUUAGCCAUCGCAAACAUGAUCGCUGACGAGGUAGAGAGGAGAUUUGAACUGUGA